AUGGUUACAGUGGCUUCUUCCAAAUCCCGAUCCAUCCCAAUGAUCAAGAGAAGACCACUUUCACAUGCCCUUAUGGUACUUAAUGGAGCUUUGGAGCCAUUUGGGAGAAGGAGUGUUGGAGACGUCAAGACCAAGAGCAACCAGGAUGCGAACCAGGAUCAGGAACCCGUUUGUCACCUUUCCUUGACCAAGAAGAGAGUUGACCAUCCAACUCCGACGAACUUCAACGAGCUGAACGAGCUAAACGCGAGCGUCAACGGCAGAAACAGAGUAGAAGCAGAGUCGAGUUCAGGAUUUCAGACAGGCUCCGAGUUACAGCUCAGUGACGACGACUCUGGUACUGAGACGAUGGCAGAUAACCACGGAGGAGCUCCUCCACCGGGAGCUUUUCCACCACAAGCCGGGAAUCCAGCUCAAGCUCAACGACCGGCAAGAAAAAUUGGUGCUGAUGCAGGAUAA